AUGUCUGAGCAAGACCUUCGUCAAAUUGAAUACAAUGAAAUGAGAAGUAGAUGUAAAUACUACAUCGAUAUAUAUAAUGCAUUGUAUCAACUGAAAACAGAUGACAAAGAAGAAUUAAAGUCAAUUUACAGAAUGAUCAAAACCGAAUUGAUUGAUUCAAAGAAUUAUCUUCCCCGGGAUAUUAUCAAAGAUAUCUUAAACAUAAUUCCAUAUAAUAAUCGCUAUAUAAAGUCUUAUUUAUCUCUUACUAAACUCAUAUAUGAUGAUUAUAAUGUCACAGAUGUCAACAAUAUUUCAAACUUCCUGUUUUACAAAGAUUUUGUAAUUAAAUUAGACAAAUCCGAUAAUUUCAAAAUAUCUCAAUAUGAAGAUCUUGAUAUUUAUACAAAAAAUACAAUCUCCAGAGCAAUUAUGUAUGAUGAUGAAAAAAGAUUCAUCAGCUUCAUUGAUAGCGAAAGAUUUAAUGAAAAUCAAAAAUUUAAUAGCAUUUUUUUCCAAAAAUCUUAUGAAGGAUAUUCAUUACUUGAAUUAUGUUGUUACUAUGGAGCUGUUGAUUGUUUCAAGUUAUUAAUAACAAAAUUUAACACAAAAAUUUCUGAGAAAUGUCUUCAAUUAUCAUUUUUAGGAGGAAAUGCAGAAAUCAUCAAUGAAUGUUUGAAACAUCAAAAACCAAAUAAAGAAUGUAUGAAGAAUGCAAUUAUUUCACACAACAUUGAUUUUAUUACAUUCUUGAUGAAUGAAUUUAAUAUUAAGAUCGAACUAGAUUAUUGUGGAUGUUUUAAAAAUCUUGAAUGCUUUUUAGUUUAUUUCGAUCAAACUAAAGAUAUUAGCAAUUGUUUCGCUUAUUCAGUGAUAUUUGAUGCUCCAUCCUUAUGCGAAUAUUUCCUUUCACAUGGUGCAAAUAUCAAUGAAAAAGAUAAUAAUGGACAAACUGCGCUUCAUUAUGCAGCUAAAAAUAAUAGAAAAGGUAUGGCCGAAUUUCUUAUUUCACAUGGUGCUAAUAUCAAUGAAAAAGAUAAUGAUGGAAAAACCGCUCUUCAUUAUGCAGCAGAAAAUAAUAAUAAAAAAACUGUUAAAUUUCUCAUUUCACAUGAUGCAAAUAUCAAUGAAAAAGAUAAUGAUGGAAAAACCGCUCUUCACUGUGCAGCAGAAUGUAGAAAAAUAAUUACCAAAUUUCAUAUUUCAGAUGGUGCAAAUAACAAUGAAAAAGAUAAUAAUGGAAAAACCGCUCUUCAUUAUGCAGUAAGAGCUUAUACAAUAGUAAUUACCAGAUUUCCUAUUUCACAUGGUGCAAAUAUCAAUGAAAAAGAUAAUAAUGGACAAACUGCGCUUCAUUAUGCAGCUAAAAAUAAUAGAAAAGGUAUGGCCGAAUUUCUUAUUUCACAUGGUGCUAAUAUCAAUGAAAAAGAUAAUGAUGGAAAAACCGCUCUUCACUGUGCAGCAGACUGUAGAAAAAUAAUUACCAAAUUUCAUAUUUCAGAUGGUGCAAAUAUCAAUGAAAAAGAUAAUAAUGGACAAACCGCUCUUCAUUAUGCAGCAGAAAAUAAUAGAAAAGAAACUGCAGAAGUUCUUAUUUCACAUGGUGCAAAUAUCAAUGAAAAAGAUAAUAAUGGACAAACUGCUCUUCAUUAUGCAGCUAAAAAUAAUAGAAAAGAAACUGCAGAAGUUCUUAUUUCACAUGGUGCAAAUAUCAAUGAAAAAGAUAAUAAUGGACAAACUGCUCUUCAUUAUGCAGCUAAAAAUAAUAGAAAAGAAACUGCAGAAGUUCUUAUUUCACAUGGUGCAAAUAUCAAUGAAAAAGAUAAUAAUGGACAAACUGCUCUUCAUUAUGCAGCUAAAAAUAAUAGAAAAGAAACUGCAGAAGUUCUUAUUUCACAUGGUGCAAAUAUCAAUGAAAAAGAUAAUAAUGGACAAACUGCUCUUCAUUAUGCAGCUAAAAAUAAUAGAAAAGAAUAUAUCGAAUUUCUUAUUUCACAUGGUGCGAAUAUCAAUGAGAAAGAUAAUAAUGGACAAACCGCAAUUCAUUAUGCAGCUAAAAAUAAUAGUAAAGAAACUGCAGAAUUUCUUAUUUCACAUGGUGCGAAUAUCAAUGAGAAAGGUAAUAAUGGACAAACCGCACUUCAUAUUGCAGUAAAAAAUAAUUAUAUAGAAACUGCAGAAUUUCUUAUUUCACAUGGUGCGAAUAUCAAUGAGAAAGAUAAUAAUGGAAAAACAGCACUUCAUUAUGCAGCUUGGAAAGAUAGUAAAGAAACUGUAGAAUUUCUUAUUUCACAUGGUGCGAAUAUCAAUGAAAAAGAUGUGUAUGGAAAAACAGCACUUCAUUAUGCAGCUUGGAAAGAUAGUAAAGAAACUGCAGAAGUUCUUAUUUCACAUGGUGCAAAUAUCAAUGAAAAAGAUGAGUAUGGACAAACUGCUCUUCAUAUUGCAGCUAAAACUUAUAGUAAAGCAACUGCAGAAUUUCUUAUUUCACAUGGUGCGAAUAUCAAUGAAAAAGAUAAUAAUGGACAAACCGCAAUUCAUAUUGCAGCAGAAAAUAAUAGUAAAGCAACUGCAGAAUUUCUUAUUUCACAUGGUGCGAAUAUCAAUGAAAAAGAUAAUAAUGGACAAACCGCACUUCAUAUUGCAGCAGAAAAUAAUAGUAAAGCAACUGCAGAAUUUCUUAUUUCACAUGGUGCGAAUAUCAAUGAGAAAGAUAAUAAUGGACAAACCGCAAUUCAUAUUGCAGCAGAAAAUAAUAGAAAAGAAACUGCAGAAUUUCUUAUUUCACAUGGUGCGAAUAUCAAUGAAAAAGAUAUUUUGGGAGAAACCGCAAUUCAUAUUGCAGCAGAAAAUAAUAGUAAAGAAACUGCAGAAUUUCUUAUUUCACAUGGUGCGAAUAUCAAUGAGAAAGAUAAUAAUGGACAAACCGCAAUUCAUAUUGCAGCAGAAAAUAAUAGAAAAGAAACUGCAGAAUUUCUUAUUUCACAUGGUGCGAAUAUCAAUGAGAAAGAUAAUAAUGGAAAAACAGCACUUCAUUAUGCAGCUUGGAAAGAUAGUAAAGAAACUGUAGAAUUUCUUAUUUCACAUGGUGCGAAUAUCAAUGAAAAAGAUGUGUAUGGAAAAACAGCACUUCAUUAUGCAGCUUGGAAAGAUAGUAAAGAAACUGCAGAAGUUCUUAUUUCACAUGGUGCAAAUAUCAAUGAAAAAGAUGAGUAUGGACAAACUGCUCUUCAUAAUGCAGCUAACAAUUAUAGUACAGAAAUUGCAGAAGUUCUCAUUUCACAUGGUGCAAAUAUCAAUGAAAAAGAUGAGUAUGGACAAACUGCUCUUCAUAAUGCAGCUAACAAUUAUAGUACAGAAAUUGCAGAAUUUCUCAUUUCACAUGGUGCGAAUAUCAAUGAGAAAGAUAAUAAUGGACAAACCGCACUUCAUUAUGCAGCUAAAAAUAAUAGAAAUGAAACUGCAGAAUUUCUCAUUUCACAUGGUGCGAAUAUCAAUGAGAAAGAUAAUAAUGGACAAACCGCACUUCAUUAUGCAGCUAAAAAUAAUAGAAAUGAAACUGCAGAAUUUCUUAUUUCACAUGGUGCGAAUAUCAAUGAGAAAGAUAAUAAUGGACAAACUGCGCUUCAUUAUGCAGCAGAAAAUAAUAGAAAUGAAACUGUCGAACUUCUUAUUUCACAUGGUGCAAAUAUCAAUGAAAAAGAUAAAGAUGGAAAAACCGCUCUUCAUUAUGCAGCAGAAAAUAAUAAUAAAAAAAACUGUUGA